AUGGAGAAGACCCGUGUUGUUGAGGGACCAGAACUCAAAAUAGCUUCAUUCAGCUUCAAAAUACCCAUUUUGCGUUUGUCAUCUAAGAUACAAAUUAGAGUAUUAACCAGAGAAGAAACUAUCAUAAUCGAAACCAAUGUAAUAGAUCAUCUUACGAACGAGUUACAAAUAAUCGAACUAUCAACUAUGAAUGCGAAUAAUGAUUUCCACGGUUUGAAGGGAUAA